AGGCCCGUGCUUUUGUUGGUAACUCUACACUUUAUACUUUUGUAUUGUACCUGGGUACUUGGUACCAAUCAAAGCGAUCGCAAAUGAUCAUAAGUACCCGGCACCAGUCCAAUCAAUUUAGAACAAUGGCAGCCCCACAAACCCAGGUUAGAACCCUGCCUUCAGCGAUGUCAUCGCCAUUGCCUUCCAGCGCCUCUACGUCGCCCUUGCAGGCUCUACAAUUACAGGCCUCUCAACCCACCAAAGUCACCAAAGUCACAGCUUCUGCACCUGCAAAACGACCCACGCCGCAACAACCCUCCUCGCAUCCACCCACUUCAACUCAACUGCUGCACCCUUCCAAUUCCCACCCGGACGCCCCAGUUUCUUCAGUAACGACGGCAGAAGUACCAGCUGAUGCUAACGUAAAUGCAAAUGCGAAUGGUAAUGCUGAGGUGAAUGCGAGUGUUACUCGAAUUUCGUCAUCUGCGUCAACAACACCCUUUGGUAAAUUCCACUUCCCAUUCUUAUUCUCAUUUUUAUUUUUUAGUAAAAGAAGAAAAAUAAAUUUAACCAAUAAUUCACCUACAGACAUUUCUCCUUCGCCCUCUACCAUUUCUCUCAAUACUACUACUUCGACCACCGCUUAUUACAGUCACAACCAAACCCCAAUUGAAUCACUUCGGCGUUACCCGCUGGACCUCACUAGUCCAAUUCCUGAAGAAGGCGACGAGGAAACCGGAAGCGAAUCGUUUUCUAACGAACCCAUAACUCCAGUUAGCGGGAGACAAUCACGGGAUUUUCGCUAUUGCGAACAAAACGAUACAUACCAAAGUCGUGAUUCAAUUACUAAUGGUCUUGACGCCUCUUCUAUAUCAGGUGUUCCAGAACAAACUGAUACGUCCUUGACCAUUACUACCACUAAUAAAAGCAUCGUGAAUCCAUCGCUUUUACUCUCACCCACUCACCUCCCACUACCCUCACAACAACUCCCACCACCGACGUCACAUGCAUUGUCACCACCAUCGCCUACCUCUAUAACACCUCAGGCGCCGCAUGAGUCAUUAAGUACACGUCCUACAACACAAUCUGAUAAUCGACCUGAAUCAUCUCGUCGUCCCUCAACACCUGCACGAUCCAUUGCGCGACGUGCAUCGUCGGGCCUAUCUACACUUUCUAAGACAAUGACCAUGUUUAAGAGGAAUAGUUACCAUGUGGGGGAUAACAGUGCAACCGGGGAGUUUAAGGACCCCAAUUACGUUGCGGGUGUAUCUGAAACCACUCUCAAUUCUACCAAUAGGGUGACACCAAAUUCCAGUCGCCGUCGCUUUUCGUUUCACAGGUCUUCAACAACUACAAGAUCCAACACCCCACCUUCACCUGGUUCUCCCGCAGAAUUACCCCCAAAUGCAAGCAAGGAGAAGUCAAAUCGGAUAUCGAUACCUACUUCCCGCGACUUUUUGGAGAACCACGCCAAGAAAAAUAGAGCAAACACUGGCUUCUCAAUCCGCGACAAAAUGGUGAGUUUCGCAUCUAAUAGGAAUUCAAUGCGCCGAACGAGGAGCCUUGAAAGGAAAAAGAAGAAGCCGGAAGAGGAGGACGAAUUGACAAGACAACCAUGGGCCAUUCCACCAGAUGCCGGUACGGGUAUGAAAGCCAGACGAUUAAGUCUUAGUCUCCCCGAUGAUUUCACCGUUGAUGUUGCGGAACUUAUGAAGGAGUUUGAAUACCAACACAAAUUCCUUGGUCGACACGGAAAGCAUUUGGGUAAAGGUGCGACCUCCAAGGUUACAUUGAUGGUGCGCAAGGGUAGCCCCAGUGAGCUUUACGCUGUAAAGGAGUUCCGCUCUAAGAGUUCGUCCGAAACUAUGGACGACUACGAAAAGAAGAUAAAAUCCGAGUAUAGCAUUGCGAAGAGCCUGCAUCACCCGAAUAUCGUCGAAACCAUUCGUCUAUGUACUAACCACGGGCGUUGGAAUCAUGUGAUGGAAUAUUGUUCAGAAGGCGAUCUAUUCACUUUGGUGUCGAAAAAGUACCUCAGAGAUGAAUCUCGCGAUGGGGACCGCCUUUGCUUGUUCAAACAACUCUGCCAAGGAAUCAACUACCUGCACACAAAUGGUAUCGCUCAUCGCGAUAUCAAACUAGAGAAUCUUCUGAUCACCAAGGACAGCAAGUUGAAGAUCACGGAUUUCGGUGUGUCUGAAGUUUUCUCGGGGAUACAUCCCGGCCUACGGGAGGCUGGUGGUCAGUGCGGUAUUGGCAUGGGUGACGUUCGCCUCUGCAAACCCGGCAUCUGCGGUAGUCUGCCGUAUAUUGCGCCAGAAGUUCUUAGCAAGAAAUCGGAGUACGAUCCUCGGGCCUUGGACGUAUGGAGUUCGGCAGUCGUUAUGGUCUAUCUCAUUUUCAACGCCAGUCUUUGGGAGAAGGCACAAGAUGGGUUGACGACCCCAACACAAACGACUUACAAUACUCUCGUUGCCGCCUGGGAAAAGGUAGAAGCAAAGAAGGAAGCCAAGCCUGAAGAAACCAAGGAUGCCUACCCCAAAGUCCCCGCUUUUGAAAUGUUCGUCAAACCCGUGGCUCUUCGCCGCCUUCUACUCAAUAUGCUCAACCCCAAUCCGGCAAAGCGCAUCACGAUGCACGAUGUAAUUACGAAUAGGUGGAUGAAGAGCGUGGAAUGCUGCCAGUUGGAGAGCUACGAGGACCCCGUUAAGUUCAUCGAUGCUUCCAAGAAGGAUUGCAUGAAGUCCAGUACCGGAAAGAUCUUCUGUCACAACCAUCUGCCACCUUUAAGCACUGGACACGGGCUACCGCCAAUGCCCGGUAAACCUGGCUACUAAGAGGAAGGCCAAACACGUAUUUAAUACCCCCAGCAUAGAGGUUUCACAAUAAUUUUCCUUUGUUACGCAUGAGGUUCAGGUUAUGAUUCGAUCCACCGGCGUUUUAUGGUGAUAUCCCAGGUAUUAGGGAAGGUGGCAUGGGGUUUCUCAUGGCGAUUUGCAUUUCCAGCCAUGGUCGUGGAUCAUAUAAAGUAUUGGUGCCAACACCCGUACAUACAAUUUUCGUUUCUUCGGUUAAGUUGUGUUCUCAGCACGCGUCAUUGGGGGGUUGCUAGACAAUUGUAUUCACGGCUACUAGCAUGAGCAUACAGGAAGGCGAUAUCACAACUGGUGAGCCCCAAAAAGAAGAUUGGGUGGUAAUUGCACGAGGCUAGUUGUAGCCUCGUGUGUUUUUCAAAGCAAAUAUUCACCUGGUGAAAGACGAUAACCUCAGCAUAUGCCUGCUACUUUUGAAGAAGUAGACAUGGGGAUUAAUCGCUUGUGUCCAUAGAGAUUAGUCAACUGCGGUCUUUUUUUUUUCUGCAGUUAGACAAUUCAGAAUGCGAAGAUGUUAACAAA